AUUAAAUGUUAGGGAUCAUAGAUGAAAUUUAACUAUUUAACUGUUUCCUUCUUUAUUCAUUUUUUUCGUCGGACCCGUCACCCGCUUGAGCCUAAAAACAAAAAAACCCUAAACCCCAAUAGCUAAUAGCUCCCGCCUCCUUCAAAAUCUCUCUCUCGUCGAAUUCCGAAUGGACGAGAAACUCGAAACGGCCGAGAAAAAGGUUCUUGUUGAAAUCGUGAAGUUAGUUCAAAAGAGAGGACUGGAAGGAACAAAAGGAGGAUGGAAGGAUUUUUUGAAUACUUAUGACAGAAAGCUUGGUGCUUCUUUGAGUGAUCCCUCUAGGAGGUCCAAUGAUGUCUUAGUAUCAUUCCUCAAGACAUUUGCAAAAGAUGAUGAUUUGAAGCUUUUUGAUAGAGUGUUGCAAAGUCAUUCAAAUAGGAACAUAGUGGAGCAAUUUAGAAAACAAUCUCAGGAUAAUGAAUCCCCUGAGCAGAGGCUUGUUCGUUUAACUCUGGAACACCCACAAUAUCCACUAGAUUAUAUGUUCCCGACAGGUGAUGAGGAAUGGAUCGUUACCCAGCCCCCUAAAAAAUCCCGGAUGAUGAAAUCAAAUUCAAUGGUUGCUGUUGAUUGUGAAAUGGUUCUUUGUGAAGAUGGCACUGAAGCAUUAGUGAGAGUUUGUGUUGUAGAUCGUGAUUUACAGGUCAAAAUUGAUGAACUUGUAAAACCAAACAAAGCAGUGGCUGAUUAUCGUACUGAGAUUACUGGAGUUGCUGCAGGAGACUUGGAUGGUGUUACUUGUUCAGUGGUAGACAUACAGAAAUCCAUGAAGAAGCUGUUAUCCAAUGGAACUAUUUUAGUGGGACAUGGUUUACAAAAUGAUUUGCAAGUGUUGAAGAUAGACCAUGCAAGAGUGAUUGACACCUCAUAUAUCUUCAAAUAUUUGGAUGCACCUAUCUAUAGAAAACCAUCUUUGAAUAACUUGUGCAAGUCUCUACUGGGAUAUGAAGUUCGAAAGCCAGGUGCUGCCCAUAAUUGUCUAGAUGAUGCAUGUGCUGCAAUGAAACUAGUUCUUGCUAAGCUAGAGCGUGGUGACAUUCCACUGGUUCAAGAAGAUGUAACUCAACCAGAAAUGGAGAAGCUGCUACUCCACAGAAUACCGAUCAAUGUUCAUAAAGAAGAAAUAUCCAGAGUCAUUCCUGGAGCUGUUGCAAUUGAAGAAAAGCCAUCUAAAAAGGUUCAAGGUCGCCAUUACUCUGCGUUUGCAGUCUUUAAUAGUCCUCAAGAAGCAAACCAAGCAUUUGAAAAUGUGGACGGUAAUGAAGAAAAGGAUUCAUCCGGACUACCUCAGAAACUAGUUAGAUUUCUGUUUGGCAAGGGAGUAACUGCUAGUUUAUACAUCCGAAAAAUGGCACAGGAUGAUUUUCACCAUCAACUUUUAUCAAAUAAAAGAGCCUUCCAGGGUGAGGAGAAAUCUAGCGAGUCCAAAAAGCUUAAGACAGAUCAGAAAAUUGUGGAGACAAGGGAAAAUUCCAAUCAACUUGAUGAUCACUUAAAUGAGAUUGAGCGAUUGAAGCAAGAACUGAAUGAGAAAUAUGCUCGAAUUGUUUGGCUGGAGAAAUCUAUUGAAUCCGACAAGGUUAAGACAGAUCAGAAAACUGUGGAGGUGACAACGGCAACUUCCAAUCAACUUGAUGGUCACUUAAAAGAGAUUGAAAGGUUGAAGCAAGAACUGAAAGAGAAAGAUUCUCGAAUUGUUUUGCAGGAUAAGAUGAUAUCUAACCUUCUAAAGAAGGUUGAUGAAAUGAAAAAGGUUCCUAAAAAAACCAAAUAACUUAGUCAUCGAAUUCUUUUUCUAGUCUCAUUAUCUCCUAUAAGUGUUUUUUCAGUUUUGUUCCGAGUUAGAAACCUCAUACUUUCUUUCCUCAACGGAUUAAAAUUAAUUAUAUUUGCAUUCCAUUGUGGGAGGAAGACUAGCUUCAAACAUGUUUGAUGGGUAUUUCUCAU